AUGUCUGCCGCUGUCAAGUGUGGAAUCUGUAACAAGACUGCCUACCCAUUGGAGUCCAUCGUCGCCCUCGAGAAGACCUACCACAAGGGUUGCUUCAAAUGCUCCGUCUGUAACAUUACUCUGAAUGUUAAGAACUUUAAGGGUCUUGAGGGCAAGUUGUACUGUGCCGUUCACACCCCAACCCAGAAGGCUACCGCCGUUGCCGACUCUGUUGCCAUGAAGACUGCCCUCAACGCACCAAAGAAGGUCUCUGAGGGUCUGGGCACUGCUCAGAAGGGAUCUGGAGACAAGCCAUCCGUUGGUCUCGACUCAAUGUCCACAAAGAACGCUAUGAACGCACCAAGAAAGGCACCAGAGGGAGCCCGUGGUGUCCAGAAGGGAACCGGUGGCAAGCCACAGUACACUGUCUUUGGAGCCAACCCCAACUCCCCAGUGACCGGCACCAACUUGCACCAGGAUCAGCAGCAGGAGCACUACGGAGGUGGUGAGGAGCAGCAUCAGUACGAGGAGGAGCAUCAUCAGUACACUGAGGAGCCACAAUAUGAGGAGCAGCAGUACGAGGAGCAGCAGUAUGAGGAGCAGUACGAGGAGCAAUACCAAUAA